CCUCCCUUUUCCCGCCGUGACAACCUCCCCCAAAACCAAACCAAACCCUAGAGAGAGAGAGGGAGAGAGCGCGCGCGCGCCGAGAAGCAGGAGGAGAGAGAGAUUGGGGGCGAACGCGACGCGGCGGAGGAAUCCAUCCAUCGAUCGAGGAGAAGGAAGAGGAGAGCAAGAUGCGGGGCGGGACGGUGCAGAUCAACUGGCACGACCUGCAGCCGGUGCUCAGCCUCGACUUCCACCCCGCCUCCCGCCGCCUCGCCACCGCAGGCGCCGACCACGACGUCAAGAUCUGGGUCAUAUCGUCGGAUGGUUCCGAGAGCAAGCUCCCCACCGCCACCUUCCAGAGCGGCCUCGUCCCAAACGGCACCGCCCACAGCUCCGCGGUCAACGUCCUCCGCUUCUCCCCUUCCGGGGAAUAUCUCGCCUCUGGUGCUGACGGUGGCGGUAUUAUCCUGUGGAAAUUGUAUUCCACUGAGGAUGGCGAGGCAUGGAAAAUCCACAAGACAUUACUGUUCCAUCACAAGGAUGUUCUUGACCUACAGUGGUCGCGUGAUAGCGCGUUCCUUGCUUCUGCUUCAGUUGACAACACUUGCAUAAUCUGGGACGCAGUUAAAGGCACGGUUCAGCAAAAGUUAGAGGGACAUCUACAUUAUGUUCAGGGUGUGGCAUGGGAUCCUCUGGGCCAGUAUAUAGCUUCACUGAGUUCUGACAGGACCUGUAAGAUAUACGCAAAUAAGCCUCAAGGCAAAUCAAAGAAUGCCGAGAAGGUGAACUUUGUUUGUCAGCAUACGCUGGUGAAGAUAGAAUAUCCAAAUCAUGAUGAAUCUAAGCCGCCAGUUAAAUCUCAUCUGUUUCAUGAUGAGACGCUACCAUCUUUCUUUCGGAGGUUGGCAUGGUCACCUGAUGGAUCUUUUCUAGUACUGCCAGCAGGUCUUUCUAAACACUCGUCUGAAGUGAUUAACACUGCUUAUGUAAUGUCAAGGCGUGACCUCUCAAGGCCUGCGAUACAACUACCUGGGGCAAGUAAAGCUAUAGUAGCAGUGCGCUUCUGCCCUGUUCUAUUCAGACCACGUGGUUCUAACUCAGAUGGUUUCUUCAAGCUUCCUUAUAGAGUUGUUUUUGCUGUCGCUACUUUGAACUCUGUGUAUGUCUAUGAUACUGAAAGUGUUCCUCCAAUUCUAAUACAUGCUGGUCUACACUAUGCUGCAAUUACCGAUAUUGCAUGGUCUUUUGAUGCUAAAUACUUAGCAGUGUCAUCACGGGAUGGCUACUGUACUAUAAUAGAGUUUGAGAACGAGGAACUGGGACAACCUCACAUCCUCCCUGGAUCAAAGGAAGUUGCUAAAGGAAAUAUGACAUGUGAAAAGAAGCCUUUACCUGUAGAUAGCAUGGAGGUUGAUGUUAGUGCCAGCAAGCUUAAGAUGGAAGUCAACCCUGUGGCUGCAGGAGUUACGGUGCCACCGAUGUUGGCCGAGAACGUCACAUUGAGGACAGGGGAGCUUGCUGAAGGAAAUGUGACCUGUGAAAACAAAAAGCCAGUAGCAGUAGACAUUAUGGAAGUGGAUGUCAGUGAUAAAGUUAAGACGGUAACCAGUCCGGUGGCUAUCGAAGUAACACCGCCACCAGUGUCAACCAAGAACAAUGCAUCGAGUAAGCCUACUAAGAAGCGGAUUACUCCUAUUGCAAUUUGACUAAGUAGCUGAAAGCAAUUAGGAUAAUGAUGCGUUAUGUAGUGAUAACAAGCACUGGAUAUUAUGUUUAAGCUACCCUGUAAAGUUGAGUGUGCAGUCGUGUUCACCUUCUGCCCUAGUAGUAGCCCCCAUGUAUUCUCUUCCUGCUCUUGACACAAUUGGUAAUGUGGACACAUAGGUUGUGUAUGAUCACACUUUAUUAUGAAGCAACAUGCAGCCACUAACAGGCAUUUACACAA